UAAUAAAUUGCAGGCUCCUAUAGUCUUCCUACCCAUUACUCGUCCUCUUUCUUCAACGUACAUACAGUGUUAUCCACCUGCUUGUCUUAAUUACCUUUGGUGCAAAUUUAUGAACCACUUCACUACUUUCCCCUCCUAACAAUGCCAAACAUUGAUAGCUCUUUCACACUUGCCCGUUUGACCAAAACCCAUCUCUACCUUCUCUAUUUAUAAGCCUCCCCACUCUUUUUUCUUUUGCCCCCUCUACUCUCUCUCUAAGAAGGUUCAGUGCUUUUCUGUGUGUUCUUUGAAAAUGGAGAGCCAGAACAAGGUCAGUAUGGGUGGUAUGGAUGGGUUGGAGAGUAGAGAGAAGGAAAUGAAGAUGGCAAAUCAAAGAACAGCCAAGAGUCGUGAAUUACUUGUAAGGCUUUUGGCUUUUGUUCUAACUUUUGUUGCUGCUAUACUUUUGGGGGUAAACAAGCAGACCAAGGUUGUCCCAAUUCAGCUCACCCCAACCCUGCCACCUAUCAAUGUUCCUGUUACUGCUAAGUGGCAUUACUUGUCUGCCUUUGUGUAUUUUGUGGCAACAAAUGUCAUAGCAUGUUCAUAUGCAGCCCUCUCUAUACUCCUCCUAUUCACAAGCAAAGGUGAAAACAACAUAUUACCCAAGAUGAUUAUCAUCCUGGAUACACUAAUGGUUGCAUUAGUCUUCUCCGGCAACGGAGCCGCCACCGCCAUUGCCUUAAUGGGCUACAAAGGGAAUUCUCAUGUGCAGUGGAAAGAAGUUUGUAGUGUGUUUGGAAAAUUUUGUGACCAAGGUGCAGUUGCUAUUGGCCUUUCUCAGCUUGGAGCACUAGCAUUUCUGUUGCUAGGUCUCAUGUCUGCUCUCAGCUCCAACAAAAGGUCAUCUAAUUUUUAGAAUAAAAUUGUCAACUACUACUAAUGUUUUUGGAUUUUGGGCCUUGUUCUCUCAUCUCCAAGGAGCCCAAUUGUAUCUUCUUCUUUUGUUUUUGUUUUGUUUUUUUCCGUUUUUGUUUUUUUCCCUUCAAUCGUGGUUGGUUUGCUUAUGAUUAUGUCUUGUGAAAAGAGUACUUAUAUUUUCAAUAUCUUUGUCACAAUAAUUUUCGUAAAAUAUUUCACAACUAUUGUCAAGAUGCCAAAUUGUAUUAAUGAUAAAUGUGGUGUUUAUUAAA